CCCUGGCGAGCACAGCGUCUGUCAUUCUGAAUAGCGGUUCGCCUACUGGUAAUAAUGGGUUUGAAACAAGAGACGUACAGCUCACUCAUUCUGCUGUUAAUCGUGAUGGGAGUGACGUUUGGAAAUGGACAAACAUCGUCUAUCUGUGACAAUGGUGCGUGUGAUUGUUCUCCUCGUUAUAGAGAUGUUACUACCAUUGAAUGCAAAUGCAACGCAGUAAGAAAGGGUUUCAGCUUCACCGAUGCCGACUUCGGCUGGAAGUUCCGUAAGGUCCGUGAAUUCUAUGUAUCAGACUGCGAUGAAUCCAUCAUCUUUACGACGAACGCAUUUAAAGAUUUGGGGCAACUGGAAAGUCUACACGUUGAAAAAGUAGGAAAAGUCGAGUUUCAGUCCGGCGUCUUCCAGAAACUCGUCAACCUCAGCCUACAGAACAUUCGAGAACUAGAUUUUGGCGAGCGGGCCUUUAUGGGUGCCCACGACUUGGAGAAUAUCAAAAUCCGUGGAGCUACUGUGCAUCAGCUGCGUUCACAUGCUCUCUUCGACAUCAAGGGACUGCACAGCCUGGAAAUUUCUGAUGUCGUGGUUCAUCUCAUCGAGAAAGACGCCGUGAACGUAGAUCUCAGACAUCCCGACUCCCAGGUCUUCAUCAAGAACAGCACGAUCAACAACGUUGAAUCAAAUGGCAUCGUUCUUACAGCAAAUAAUUUCAGCGUUGAUAAGUCUGCUUUGGAUAAAAUAUCACCUAACGCUAUUAAAAUUUCAUCAGAUCUUAUAUUGAUCUCAGAGUCGGCCUUUGGGAAUAGUCUGCCUAACAAUGGAAUAAACAUGAUGGCACAUACAAUUAACAUUCGUAACAACAUAUUCAAAUUUCUUCCAACAGGAGUUAUGGAGAUUACAAAGCUUGGCAACGAUACAAAACUCAUCUUUACAAACAACACAGUCCAUAAUAUUCAGAUUGAAGGACCUUUGAAUAGGAUAAGUGGUAUAAUGGAGACGGCAGAAAUCAGAGAUAAUCAUUUCCCUUGCACGUGUAUUCUUGGUGUGCUUCAUCGUAGUUUGCCAAAUUACAGUCGGAAUAACUUCUGUGCAACUAGAUGUAAUAUUUCUUUCAAUGAUUUUGGUGAGUUGGUCGAGGCGGAAAAAGUCUGUAUUUCCAACAACAGAGAUCCAGACGAAGCUGAACUGUGCAGAAGUGUAACGUAUCCAACGCCACGAUCGCCUCGCGAAGGAAGAAUGCCUUCAUAUUUCAGCAAGAGUCCUUCAUCAACCAUGGCAACAGUUCAGCCUAGAAACAGUUCAGGCAGAAUACAAGUUGUACCUGUUCUCUUGUUCCUCACUUUAUUUACAGUUCUGUUUGAAACCAUAAGCAAGAUCAAUUGUAAAGGAUGCUGACUAUGUAGCACGUAUUUCCGCAUCGUUUCUAUGGCCCAGUAAUCCGAUCAGAAAACAACAUACCGGAAACUGUAUCUGUUUUCGUCGUCAGGCGAAAAGUUAGGGAGUGGGCCCCGCUAAGUACGUUUUAACCACCUCCUUUUUUCAGAUGGAAACAUCCAUUUUCCGAAACUCGUUGUUCUCUUUGGAAUAUUCGGUGUUGAAAUAAAUCCAGACGCCUAAAAAAACUAACCAUGUGCUAGAUGUUUAUAAUCCGAAUUUUUGUAACAUUUUAUCACAGUCUUGCCUAAACAAGCGUCUCCUAUACAGACAUUUGUGUGGAAAGAAAUGAAAAUGCAGAGAGAAUAAAUAGCAAUAUAUAAAUAAA